AUGCUUCGCCGUGUCGGCCGCACUACGUGUUCCCCUGCAGCGUGUCAACUACGUCACACAACCAUCCUUUCUGUCCGCAAGGGUGAUACGGUUGUGCUACUCGGUGAUCGACAGGUUACCCUUGGUGAGCGCAUUGUCGCCAAAUCCAGUGCAUGCAAGCUGCGUCGCAUUAAUGAUGAUGUUGUCAUUGGUUUCGCGGGGAGCACUGCGGACGCGAUUUCUCUUAUGGAGAAACUUGAGAACAAAAUUGGUGAGUUCCCAAAUCAGCUUACCCGUGCGGCUGUUGAGCUAGCUAAAGAGUGGCGUACUGAUCGCGCACUUCGCCGGUUGGAAGCCUCACUCAUUGUUUGCAGUGCUGAGGAGACUCUGGAAAUUGAUGGACAGGGUAAUGUUAUUACGCCAGAGGCUGAUGGAAUUGUGGCAAUUGGGUCCGGUGGAACCUUCGCGAAGGCAGCGGCACGGGCGCUCAUUGAUGUGGACGGUUACGAUGCGGAGAAAAUCGCGCGGAAAGCGAUGCGCAUCGCCACAGAUAUCGAUGUUUUCAGCAACGAACACUGGGAUGUUGAGGUACUCAAGCGGAAAUCCGAGAAGCAGGAAGGGUCGGAAGCGUCGGCGAAAACUAGCGAGUAA